AGCCAUUUUGAGGCUCUGUUCUCCGUUGAGCCCAAUUUACGUACUCCUAUUCUGUGCUAGCACUCUCCUCCUCAGCUUGGCUGAGCUUGAAGACUGUUAGCCCUCCAUUCUCCUUCAGGUGUCCUUCGAGGAAGCUCUCCAUACAGUAUGACCGGCCCAAUGAUGUGGAUUGCAAUGCAAGACCUGAUGCAGGUGGCCUUGGUGGUUGCAUGCGUUUUUGCUGGCUGGUCCUUGCAGACGUCGGCGUGCUCCUUCCUUACGCAGCGCAUGACUUUUCCUCUGAAGAAGUCUGUCGAGUUUGUCUCAGAGCUGGACAGCGAGUCGACAGAGGAGGACAGCAUUGGCCACGCUGACUGCAGGGAGGUCUUCGUCCAAGACGAGCACAUCCCAGAGGGUCUAAAGAUCCUAGAGCAGUAUGGGGUUCUCGGUGCCGCGCCGGGCGCAUGGACGAGCAGAGUUGUUGCGCCCAAGGCAUGAGAGAGUCAGAGCUUUGAAAAGGGUUCACCUGUCAUUGAAGACCAGUCCAUAUCUCUGUCACCGGAGCUUGCUUCGCCCAAACUAUGCCAUUCUCCAUAUAACUGAGCUGCACCAGGUGGCGGCACAACUUGAGAACAGAGAUUUCCAUAUUUUCACGACUUACCUGCAACCGAGGCCGGCAUCGAUUACCACUCGAUGCCGGCCCCAGCUUGCGUGGCAAACGUCGCAGUCGCUUGUCAGCUG